CAUUGUUGCUAGGAAAAUUGAGAUGAAAUGGCCAAUCCUCCAAGCCUUCCCUUCCUUCUCUCCUCGCUACCUCCGUCCCUUUCUUCGCUUAUGUGCUCAGCAAUCUGCCCUCAUCAUUGGCAAAAAACUCCAUGCCUUAAUUCUUACUACGGGCCUUUCAGCAACCCAAACCUCCUUCCUCCUGAACACUCUUCUCCACUUCUAUGCUUCGUGUGGUGAUAUACUCUCUGCCCAAAAACUGUUUGUUGAAAUUCCCCACUCGUGCAAGGAUAUUGCAGACUGGACUGCCCUGAUGUCCUCCUUUUCUCGCCAAAAUAGGCCUCAUGAUGCUUUACGUUUGUUUGCUCAAAUGCUUGAAAACAGUAUCCAAAUUGAUGACGUGCCGAUGGUUUGCUUGUUUAGUGUUUGUGCAUGGUUGCGGGAUGUUGGGGUGGGGAGUCAGGGCCAUGGGUGUGUGGUCAAGAUGGGUUUCGAAGGGAAGGUAAAAGUGUCUAACGCAAUGAUGGAUAUGUAUGGGAAGUGUGGGAUGGUGAGGGAGAUGAGAAGGGUUUUUGAUGAGAUGAAGGAGAAGAAUGUGGUGUCAUGGACAGUGGUUUUGGAUGGGGUGUUGAAGUGGGAGGGCGUAAGGAGUGGAAGGUUAUUGUUUGAUGAGAUGCCAGAGCGGAAUGAAGUUGCAUGGACUAUAAUGGUUGUGGGUUGUGUGGGGAGUGGAUUUAGUAAGGAUGGUUUUUUGCUUUUGAGUGAGAUGGUGUUUCAUUGGGGGUUUAAAUUGAACCAUAUCACACUUUGUUCUUUAUUAUCAGCUUGUGCACAGUCCGGAGAUGUGGUGAUGGGUAGAUGGGUUCACGUUUAUGGUUUGAAGUUGAUGGGAACGGAGAUGGAUAUCAUGGUGGGAACUGCCACGCUAGAUAUGUAUGCGAAAUGUGGGAGGGUUGAUACUGCAGUUAAAGUUUUCGAGUGCAUGCCAAGAAGGAAUGUGGUGUCAUGGAAUGCUAUGCUCAGUGGGUUAGCUAUGCAUGGAAGAGGUAGAGUUGCGUUGGAUAUGUUCCCAAGGAUGAUUGAAGAAGUCAAGCCAGAUGAUUUAACCUUUAUUGCUGUUCUAAGUGCUUGCAGUCAUUCUGGUCUGAUAGAUCAGGGUUCUUAUUAUUUUGAUAAUCUCGAAUCGCUGUAUGGUAUAACCCCAAAGAUUGAUCACUAUGCUUGUAUGGUGGAUCUACUUGGAAGGGCUGGGCGUCUGGAGGACGCUCAAACUUUGAUAAAUCAAAUGCCAAUACCUCCAAAUGAGGUUGUUUUGGGAUCUCUUUUGGGUUCCUGCAAUUCGCACGGAAAGCUACAAUUGGCUGAACGUGUUCUGCAAAAGCUGACUGAGAUGAAUCCUCUUAACACAGAAUAUCAUAUCCUGCUUUCCAAUAUGUAUGCUUUGGCAGGUAAGCGACAAAAAGCCAAUUCCCUUCGGAAAGUUCUUACAACUAAAGGAAUUAGGAAGGUUCCUGGAAUGAGUUCUAUUCAUGUAGAUGGCCAUGUUCAUCAAUUCAGUGCAGGGGAUAAGUCACAUCCAAGAACUCAGGAGAUUUAUCUCAUGUUAGAUGAUAUGGUUCGAAGAUUGCGGUCAGCUGGCUACAUUCCGAAUCCGGCUUCACAAGUUUUUUCUGGUUCUGAUGGUAUUGAGGAUGAUGCAAUGGAUUUGGAGGAGAAGGAGCAGGCACUGUUUUCGCACAGCGAGAAGUUAGCAGUCUGUUUCGGACUUCUAAGCACAAAACCUGGCACGCCUCUUUAUAUCUUCAAGAACUUACGUAUAUGCCAAGACUGUCAUGCUGCUCUUAAAAUUGUUUCAAAGAUCUACUAUCGGGAAAUUGUAGUCAGAGAUCGCAACCGGUUUCAUUGUUUCAAGCAAGGAUCAUGUUCUUGUUGUGAUUUCUGGUGACUAUCACUGCGGCAAAAUCAGAUACUGAAUGAAUCAAAUUCUGUAUUAGGCUAACAUUUAAUCUUGGUCAUAAAUAUUGCAAAAUGCAUAUAUUCUUCUCAUUGUUUUAGCAUUUGAUGUGAAGUGGAAAUUUAUAUUUGAUGUCUACAUUUUCUACUGGAUCUUCCUUUGUAAUGGAAAUCG